UCAGGAUGUAAACAAACCCACGUUGCCCAAGCCCUCAGUGACAGAAACGUGAAAAAAACGACAAUAUUAAGACUAUAAGGAAAGAAUGAGAGCAAUAGAGGAGGGGGAAGGACUAAAAUAACACGGAGGAGGAGUAGACAUCAAUAACAGGCGGCGAGAGGAGCAGGAAGAGGAGAAAAUAGAGUAAGAAGAGCGUCCGCCACCAUGAGUCUGCUACCCAAGACCUUCCAUGACUUCAGCUCCAAGCAAUACUGGAACACUUUCUUCUCCAAGCGGGGCGAGAAGGCGUUUGAAUGGUAUGGGGAGUAUGCGGAGCUGUGUGGGCUGCUGCAUAAGUACAUCCGGCCCUCUGACAACAUCCUCGUGGCCGGUUGCGGGAAUUCAACACUCAGCGCGGACCUCUACCGGGUGGGAUACAGAAAGCUAACCAACGUAGACAACAGUGAGGUGGUAAUUCGACAGAUGCGCGACAAACACAAGAGCGACUGCCCCGACAUGGUGUGGCUAAGGACGGAUCUGACGGCGAUGGAUGUGGCGGAUGGCGGCUUUAGUGUGGUGCUGGACAAGGCCGCCCUCGAUGCCCUCAUGACGGAUGACUCGCCCUCGGUGGUGGAGUUUGUCGAUAAGUAUUUUAGGGAGGUGAGCCGAGUGCUGCGUGUGGGUGGGCGGUUUGUGUGCGUCUCCCUCCUGCAGGAACACAUCUUGCAGCACAUCCUCAAGUGGUUCCCCGCGGACGGCUGGAUGGUCAGGGUGUGUCGCUGUGAGGACGCGGAGAAGUCGCAAUCAGAAUCGGGCAAGUUCUCCUUCCCAGUGUUUGUCGUCGUCUGCACCAAGUUCAAGCAGAUGCCGAACUUUAAGCCAGUUAUCGAGGUCCAGUUCGACGGAGAGACGGCCCAACGCGUGGAGGCUGCGUCGGAGGUGGUGGAGAGGGUGCGAGAGCUUCAGCAGUACGCCCUCCUCAGACACACCCUACAUACUAAGUCGGUGGUGGGUGAGUCGACCAGCGUCCAGCUCUGCGACCCGUCCGAUGGAACGCUCCGCUACACUCUCUACGUGGUGGACUCCAAGGACUCGUCGCGGCCCGUCAAGUUCGCGGUGUUUAUUGUGCCGCUCGGAAGAGAACGCGAGUGGCUCUUCGGCAGCGUCAAGGGCCGGGAGGAGCUGUCUAAGAGUGCCGGGGUGGUGCGCUUGCUCGUGGCACACCUCCACCACCACCACCACCACGAUGACACCACCACCACCACCACCACCGCACCGCCACGCACCCUAAAGCAGAUCCAGGACGAGCUGUCGGCGAAGGUCAUGGAGUUGGCGCCGUCGAGACUCCCCGCGAACACUAAGGUUCCGUUCCUGUCGGUGGGUGAGGAGGUGGGUGAGGUGGAGGUGGUGGCGCGGGGGACCAGCCAGCACGCGGGGGCCUACGUGGUGGAGGACACUCACCCGCCCGGCGCCCAGCCAAUCAGGAGGCUAAUCUUCCUCAACAACCAGGCUGUCGUCCAAUCAGAAGCCAGGAUUUUAAGAGAAAACCAAAACAGAAAAGAGAAAGAGAAGGAGAAAAGGAAAAAAAAGAAAGGAGGCAAAAAAAACACACAACCACAACGACCACAACAACCACCAUCAACCACACUGGACCACUCGUACCUCUCCUGCCAGCACCACGCAGCCAUGGUCGGCGGACUGGCCAUGGCCCCGCGCACCGACCCCAUACUGCUGCUCGGCCUGGGGGGUGGACCACUGGCAACCUUCAUACAUAACAACUUUACUGAGGCGGCACUUACGGCGGUGGAGCUGGACAGUGCCAUGGUGGAGGUCGCUCGGCAGUGGUUUGGGUUCACGCCGGAUGACAGACUGAAGGUGGAGGUUUGUGACGGCCUCGAUUAUGUGGAACGGAUGGCCCAGGAAGGCCAUAAGUUCGGAGCCAUCCUGUUUGACGUGGACUCCAAGGACAGCAGCGAGGGCAUGAGCUGUCCCCCGGCGGCCUUUGUGGAGCCCAUGUUCCUGCAGCGAGUGGCCCAGUGCCUGUCCGAGGGAGGUCUGUUGAUCCUGAACUUGGUGUGCCGGGACGAGGAACUGCGCGCCAAAACCAUCACCACCAUCAAGUCAGCCUUUCCAACGGUGCUCCAACAGGACAUCCCCGGGGAGGUCAACUGCAUCCUUCACUGCCUCCUGGCGCCCCCGGGGGAAGCUGAGGGGCUGCGGGGGAGGUUUGAGGGGAAGGUGAAGGGGCUGAAUGUGAGACUGAGCAGGAGAUAUGAGAAGGAGGAGGAGGAGGAUGUGUGGGAGCUGGCGGAGAUGGUGAAGGGGCUGCGGGUGGUGUAGUGUGCGUGCGUGUGUGUGUGUGUGUU